AGAACAGGAAACACAGGAAACACGUAAGCACUAACGCACCGAUUCGGAACAUUACGUCACCGCUCACUUCACAGUUACACGAUCUCAAGUCUACCUCACUCCCUAUAUAAACGAUCACCCACUGUGAACAUAGACAACAUUGCGCACCUGAUUCCCACUUCCAAGGAAAACCUUAACUCGACUCUCUGCAAGACUAUCACUCAUGGCUUCUACUCAGGAGGUUCUUCCCACACCGUUGGAUGCCACCUCCAACCCACCUCCUCUCUUUGAUGGCACUACAAGGCUGUAUACCUAUUACUCAUGCCCAUUUGCACAGAGGGUCUGGAUCACUAGGAAUUAUAAAGGUUUACAAGAUCAGAUUAAGUUAGUUCCUUUAAAUCUCGCAAACAGGCCUGCUUGGUACAAGGAAAAGGUCUACCCUGAGAAUAAGGUGCCAGCACUGGAGCACAAUGGGAAGAUCAUUGGGGAGAGUCUUGAUCUUAUCAAGUAUGUGGAUAGCAACUUUGAAGGGCCUUCACUUUUCCCCAAAGACCCUGAGAAAGCAAAAUUUGGUGAAGAAUUAAUAUCACAUGUCGGUACCUUCACCGGGGCUUUGUAUACUGCAUUCAAAGCAGAUGACACAGUAAAACAGGCUGAUGCUCAGUUUGAUUACCUGGAAAAUGCUCUAAAAAAAUUUGACGAUGGGCCAUUUCUUCUGGGUCAGUUCAGUUUGGCUGACAUUGCAUAUAUCCCAUUUGUUGAGAGAUUCCAAAGCUUCUUAUCAGCGGUGUGGAAGUAUGACAUCACAGCAGGCAGGCCUAAACUAGCAGCAUGGUUGGAGGAAAUCAACAAGAUUGAUGCUUAUAAGGUAACCAAAACUGAUCCGAACGAGCUUGUCGGAUUCUACAAGAAGCGAUUCUUGGAGCAACAGUGAAUGAGAGAAGAAGUUGUUGAGAUAUGGUACAAGUGGUUCAGUAGCAGGGGAGAAUGUAUGCCAGUCUAGAUAUUAAAUUUGUGUAUGCAUAUGUAGUGUUGUUUUUGGAAUGGACUUGCCUGUGUUCCUUCAAUAAAUUCAGGUCACUUCUGUUGUAAUACAUUUACGAAAGUAAUUGUCUGUUUUUGUUUUAUGAAAACUAGUAGUCCUUUCUUUUUGGUGAUAUAUGAGAAGAGUAUUCAUUGUAC